UGUCUCUCCCUCUCCCUCUCUCUCUCCCUCUCUCUCCCUCUGUCUGUUGAGACACAAUCGACAAAUGUGUAAGUACAUAAUUCAAAAAACAAUCACAGUGGAUGGGUUCCGGGGAAAUUGAAACUCCUGAAGAACUGCAGGAGGAAUCCAAACCCGGAGACUCCACAUGUGUCAUGCACAAGGUGAAGAAGAGGAGCAGGGGACGAAGGUGACGGUCUCCUGUCUUCAUCUCUGAGGAGGUUGAAAGAAAAAACCAGAAACAUUAAAGAGAAGCAGAUUUUCCUGAGAUGGAUUUCCCCGUGGAGGCGACGGUCCAUCUGGAGGAUUUCCGAGAUGACACGAAGGUUCGAGAGCUCCUCCGGUCACAUGACUUCCAGGUGACAGAUCUGAGCAGAGACCGGGUUCGUGUCAAGGGUUCGUUUCUGAAGCUCAAAGCUGUAAAGGUCCGUUUGGAGCAACUCCAGCAGAACCAGACCGAGGCCCCCCCGCGCCCGGCCUCACCCUUCUCCUCUGGAGCGAGCUCCAGACCGGACCCCGAUGUCCGCCCUAAAUCGGCUGGCGUCAGAGGCAGGUUAGAUUCCCGUGGCGGGCCACUGCACGCUCACCCUUCCUCCCCCCACACCUCUGCACCCAGGGUGUCAGACCCGCCCCGCACUCAUCAGAACUCUUCACCGCUCAGAGCUGCUGCCUCUCCAGGAGCCCAUGAGGCGUUCAGGCCCAGGAGUGAGGUGCUCCAUGUGGACGCAGAUGUGUUCAGGUACGCAGAGCAGGUCAGGAAAAAAGAGUUUGACAUGAUCCUGGAGAAUCACAGCGUCAAAAUGAGCGUGGACCAAGUUUAUGAUAGCACCGAGGUCACGUUACUGGGGAGGAAUGCAAGGAUGGCUGCCGGCAAACUGCAGAGCAUCUUCAAUGAUCUCAGCACAUCACUGCGCACUCAGGAAGUUCCUCUGAGGGACAUGGAUUGGGAAGGCAAGGCUUUCUUAGAAAAGAUUCGCCGGGGGAAUAACGUUAUAGACUCUGUGCUCGUGUAUGAGAUGAGGGACAGACUCCACCUCAUCGGGUCCUCCACCAGGAGCUUCGAGGUGAAGCAGAAGCUGCUGGGGAGGUCGGUGGAGCCGUCGGGACGAGCAGGGAGGACGCUGGACAGAAGCUCCGGGAGGAGGAGCAGCUCCCUGCCACCAGUCAACAGACAGAGCACAGACACAGGCGGUGUCGAUUAUUCUUCUCCUGUUGGAGCUGCAGGUUACUCCCCCUCGAAUUACCAGGAUGAUAAACAGGAAGGGGCCAAACCCGUGAGGGCGGCGGGAGCUCGUCCUCGAAGUGGAGCCUCAAACAGACGGAGCUCCUCCGUGUCGCGUCUAAAAGGACGAGAAGAAAAACCUCCUGACGUCGCUCUAGAGACGGUUAAAAGAAGUAAACCUCCCAGCAUCAAGCAGGCGCUCAUCACGCUCAAUCGAAGGCUCAAAUGCAAGAAAUGAGGAAUCUGAUGUCACUGAAAGUUAAUACAAAUAUUUCCCCAAAAGCCCCAGAGUUAAAUGAACAUCAGAGGAUUUCACUAAAUGUUUUUGAUAAGAAUCCAGACCAAAACACCAAAAUGCACUCAACACACACGUUCCUGACUGUUCUGUUUUAUACCCUGGACCUACACUGAUCAGAAUGGGCUGGACUGAAAUGUCAAUACAAGAGUAGUAAGUGUGGUUUAGAGCUCUUCUUUUACCUGUGGCUAUACACAGCACAUCAGUGUACAGGAUCUUCAUUAGAUGGAAUUCCAAUCAGCCAGUUCUCUUUUAAAUAAAAGCAACAUGUUGAUCUGUGAGUCAGACUAAAGUAGUCUACUUUGUGUAGGAAAAGUUUCAGAUUUUUGACUUUUAACUCCACUGAUGUCAUAAUUUUCCUUAUACUAUGACAUUAGAAUUUUAAAUCAGUGUUCAAUAUUCCAUUUGUAUUAGUUUUAGUUCAUUUUUCUGCUCCUGACACGUCUGUUUAUCUUGUGUUUGUCGACACUGCAGUUGAUUUACUCUGAAUGAAUUCACGAGCUGAGUGGAUGAGAUGUAAAUGAUGCUAAUUACACAAAUGACCACUGAAGCAUCAUGACGCCUCUUUGACUGUUAAUUAAAUGUGAUAAUAAAAAACAAAUCUCUUAAUCUCCA